CCCCGCCCCGCCCCGCGCUGCUAGCUUCCUCCGGGCGGGCGAGGGCACUGGGCGCGCAGCGGCCAGAGUGGAGCGCGGUGGCGGCGGCGCGAUGGCAGGGAAGGAGCUGGAGCGAUGCCAGCAGCAGGCCAACGAGGUGACGGAAAUAAUGCUCAACAACUUCGACAAAGUCCUGGAGCGUGACGGAAAGCUGGCGGAGCUGGAGCAGCGAUCAGACCAACUCCUGGACAUGAGUUCUGCCUUCAGCAAGACAACCAAGACUCUGGCCCAGAAGAAGCGCUGGAAGAACAUACGUUGCCGGGUCUACGUGGGCCUCGGGGUGGCCGCCUGUCUCCUCAUCCUCCUGAUUGUGCUGCUGGUCAUCUUCCUCCCAAGGAACAGCAAGGACAGUGGGGCCCCAUAGGCCCAGGACUCAGGCAUGGCCUUUAGGCCUGGGACUGACCCAGCUGGGCCCAGGUGGAGAGGCCUGGUGGUCACAAUAGCCAGCUCUGGUCUCUGGAGAACCCUGGCAUUUGCUCUCGAUGGGCCCACCCCAGUGAGCACUGAAGGGCAGCUGCAAUGUGUGUGCCUGUGUGUCCCCGGCAUGCCACAGACUGGCCCUGGAGGGCAGCCCGCUGAGGUUGCGCCUGACCAGCCCCACCGGGAGUUCAGUAAAAGCUGCUAUUUGGUUCAAAGCUCA